CCGCUGGGGGCGUGGCUCGGGCCGAGCGGCGUGGGCGGGGCGGGCGCUCGGUGUCCCGGCAGGCGUGGCGGCCCGGCAGCCAUGGCGGAACGUAAAGGAACAGCAAAAGUCGAUUUCUUGAAGAAAAUAGAGAGAGAGAUCCAGCAGCAGUGGGACAAUGAGAGAGUCUUUGAGGUCAACGCUGCGGAUAGGCAGAACCAAAAUAGCACAGGGAAGUACUUUGUCACCUUUCCUUACCCCUACAUGAACGGCCGCCUUCACCUGGGACACACAUUUUCCUUGUCAAAAUGCGAGUUUGCAGUUGGAUACCAGAGGCUAAAGGGGAAGAGCUGCUUGUUUCCAUUUGGGCUGCACUGCACUGGGAUGCCUAUAAAGGCUUGUGCAGAUAAGCUGAAGAGAGAAAUGGAGUUAUAUGGCUGCCCACCUGAAUUUCCUGAUGAAGAGGAAGAGGAGGAAGAAAAUUCUAAAAAAGAAGAAGAAAUUGUCAUCAAAGACAAAGCAAAAGGCAAAAAGAGUAAGGCUGCUGCCAAGACUGGCUCUUCCAAAUACCAGUGGGGAAUCAUGAAGUCUUUGGGCCUCUCUGAUGCAGAAGUAGUCAGUUUUUCUGAAGCUGAGCACUGGCUAGAUUAUUUCCCUCCCCUUGCUGUCCAGGAUCUGAAGAGCAUGGGAUUGAAGGUGGACUGGAGGCGUUCCUUUGUCACUACAGAUGUUAACCCUUACUAUGAUUCCUUUGUACGAUGGCAGUUCCUUACCUUAAAGGAGAGAAAUCGGAUCAAGUUUGGGAAAAGAUACACCAUUUACUCUCCAAAGGAUGGCCAGCCUUGCAUGGAUCAUGACAGGCAAACAGGAGAGGGUGUGGGGCCUCAGGAGUACACACUAAUAAAAAUGAAGAUCUUGGAUCCUUAUCCUGCGAAAUUAAGUGGCCUAAGAGGAAAAAGUAUCUUCUUGGUGGCUGCCACACUCAGACCAGAGACGAUGUUUGGACAGACCAACUGCUGGGUGCGCCCAGACAUGAAGUACAUUGGCUUUGAGACUGUCAGUGGGGACAUCUUCAUCUGCACUCAGAGAGCUGCCAGGAACAUGUCCUAUCAGGGUUUCACCAAAGACAAUGGAGUUGUGCCUGUUGUCAAGGAGCUGAUGGGAGAGGAGAUCCUUGGCGCUGCACUUUCAGCACCUCUCACAGUCUACAAAGUGAUCUAUGCCCUCCCCAUGCUCACCAUCAAGGAGGACAAAGGAACUGGAGUGGUGACAAGUGUUCCCUCGGAUUCUCCAGAUGACAUUGCAGCUCUUAGAGAUCUGAAAAAGAAGCAGGCUUUGAGGAUGAAGUAUGGCAUCAAGGAUGAAAUGGUCCUGCCAUUUGAACCGGUGCCCAUCAUUGAAAUCCCAGGCUACGGUAACCUCUGUGCACCAUUUAUCUGUGAUGAACUCAAAAUCCAGAGCCAGAAUGACAGAGAGAAGCUUGCUGAGGCCAAGGAGAGAGUGUACCUGAAAGGAUUUUAUGAGGGAGUAAUGUUGGUGGAUGGAUUCAAAGGACAAAAAGUUCAAGAUGUCAAGAAGGUGAUUCAGAAGAUGAUGGUGGAUAAGAAUGAAGCCAUGAUUUAUAUGGAACCUGAGAAACAAGUGAUGUCAAGGUCUGCUGAUGAAUGUGUGGUGGCCCUCUGUGACCAGUGGUAUUUAGAUUAUGGUGAAGUGAACUGGAAGAAGGAGACAUCAGAAUGCUUGAAACAUCUAGAGACGUUUUGUGAGGAGACCAGGAGAAAUUUUGAAGCUACAUUAGGCUGGCUGCAAGAGCAUGCAUGCUCCAGGACAUAUGGCUUAGGUACCCGGCUGCCCUGGGAUGAGCAGUGGCUGAUCGAGUCUCUCUCUGAUUCCACUAUCUACAUGGCCUAUUAUACUGUGGCCCAUCUGCUCCAGGGAGGGAACCUGAGGGGUCAGGGAGAAUCUCCUCUAGGCAUUAGGGCACAGCAAAUGAACAAAGAAGUUUGGGAUUACAUCUUCUUCAAGACAGCUCCCUUCCCAAAAACAGAGAUUCCGAAGGAAAAGUUGGACAAGCUGAAGGAGGAGUUUGAGUUCUGGUAUCCUGUGGAUCUCAGGGUUUCUGGCAAAGAUCUUGUUCCAAAUCAUCUGUCCUAUUACCUCUACAACCAUGUGGCUAUGUGGCCAGGUCAAAGAGAGAAGUGGCCAGUAGCUGUGAGAGCAAAUGGACAUCUCCUCCUCAACUCUGAAAAGAUGUCUAAAUCUACAGGCAACUUUCUGACUCUAACUCAAGCUGUGGACAAGUUUUCUGCAGAUGGCAUGCGCUUAGCCCUGGCUGAUGCUGGAGACACUGUCGAAGAUGCCAACUUUGUGGAAGCCAUGGCAGAUGCUGGAAUCCUUCGUCUCUACACUUGGGUGGAGUGGGUAAAGGAGAUGAUUGCAAACAGGGACAACUUAAGAAGUGGUCCUGCCAACACCUUCAAUGACAGGGUCUUUGCCAGUGAAAUGAAUGCAGGCAUAAUGAAGACAGAGCAGAACUAUGAGAAGAUGAUGUUUAAGGAAGCUCUGAAGACUGGCUUCUUUGAAUUUCAGGCAGCCAAAGACAAAUACCGUGAGCUGGCGAUAGAGGGGAUGCACAAGGACCUGGUGUUUCACUUCAUCGAAGUGCAGACUCUGCUGCUGGCCCCCAUCUGUCCCCACCUGUGUGAGCACAUCUGGGCCCUGCUGGGAAAGCCUGAUUCCAUCAUGAGAGCCUCGUGGCCAGCAGCAGGUCCUGUGGAUGAGGUUCUGAUUCGCUCUUCUCAGUACCUGAUGGAAGCAGCUCAUGACCUGCGGCUCCGGCUCAAGAACUACAUGGCACCAGUGAGAGGAAAGAAAAAUACUAAAGAACCUGUGCAGAAGCCUUCUCACUGCACCAUCUACGUGGCAAAGAGCUACCCACCUUGGCAGCACACCACCUUAUCUGUUCUGCGCAAGCACUAUGAGGUCGGUGGAGGUCAGCUGCCAGAUAAUAAAGUAAUUGCCAAUGAGCUUAAUGCCUUGCCAGAGCUGAAGAAGUACAUGAAGAAGGUCAUGCCUUUUGUUGCCAUGGUCAAGGAAAAUCUGGAGAAGAAUGGCUCACGUGUUCUAGAUCUGGAGCUGGAGUUCGAUGAGCGCGCAGUGCUGAUGGAGAACAUUGUCUACCUGACCAAUUCCCUGGAGCUGGAUCACAUUGAAGUGAAGUUUGCUUCUGAAGCAGAAGAUAAAAUAAAAGAAGACUGCUGCCCUGGAAAACCAUUUUCCGUAUUCAGAACCGAGCCCAGUGUGUCUGUGUUUUUGGUGAACCCUCAACCAUCCAAUGGUCACUUCUCUACAAAAAUUGAAAUCAGGCAAGGAGACAACAGGGAGACUGUGAUCAGGCGCCUGAUGAAGAUGGACAGAGGAAUCAAAGACCUCUCCAAAGUGAAGCUGAUGAGGUUUGAUGACCCUGUGCUGGGGCCCCGCCGUGUCCCAGUCCUUGGCAGAGAAGAAGCAGAGAAAACCCCCAUUCUGGAGCAGGCCACCUUCCACAUUGACCUGGAGGAGAAGCACGUCCGCGUCACCGAGAACGGCCUCACCAAGGACAUUGGUGACACCAUCGUUUACCUGGUCCACUGAACUGCUCUGUGCCUGGGAGAAAGUUCAGAGUGUGACUUUGGAAGCACCUGCAAGGUGGAAAAAAAUGAGCAUUUCUUCUAUACAAAAAAAAAAGCCCCCCUCAACCAACCUCACUGUGCAUGCAGGAUCACCCCAACUCUUUUCAGCAGGGGUACAAUAAAAUUAUUUUCCUCUGGC